AAUAAAACCGGAACAAACAAAGACACGCAAACAGUAUGGAUCUCUCGUCGUCAAAGCUCAGGUGGAAAUGGAGCGGGUGUUAACUUUUAUUUCGAGUGUAUUUAUCGCCUCUGUGUUUCAGUAGAGAACGGUUUUUUAUACGGUAGAUAUUUUUUUUAAUUAAAAAAAAGUUGUUAUGAAGGGCUUCGUCACUGAUUUGAUAAGCCGGAGAAGGGGGGCAGGUAGCGGGACAAUCCCACUCCUCUGGCCGCUUCUGGUCGGGGGUCUCUGGGCAGCUGUGGUCGCCUACAAGCCGGUGAUCAUCGUGCACGGCUUGUUCGACAGCUCGGGAGAUUUUAAGAACCUGCAACGCUUCAUUAACGAGUCUCAUCCUGGAACAAACGUGACAGUGAUCGACUUGUUUGACCGGAGUGCGAGUCUGCAGCCGAUGUGGAAGCAAGUGGAGGGUUUCAAGGCCGCUAUUUAUCCUAUCAUGCAAAACUCUGCAGAGGGAGUCCAUUUUAUCUGCUACUCUCAAGGUGGGCUGGUUUGCAGGGGAAUCCUCUCCACCUUGCCCGAUCACAACGUGCACACGUUCAUUUCGCUGUCCUCCCCUCAGGCCGGACAAUACGGAGAUACCGACUACUUGAAGUAUCUUUUCCCUCAGUUUGUGAAGUCCAACCUGUACCACCUUUGUUAUACAGCCAUCGGCCAGAGGAUAUCCAUCUGCAACUAUUGGAAUGAUCCCCACCACAGGGACAUGUAUGUGAACAGCAGUGACUAUCUGGCGGUGCUCAACAGUGAAAGACUGAAUCCAAAUUCAACAGAAUGGAAGAAAAACUUCUUAAAAAUCGACAAGUUGGUGCUUGUAGGAGGACCAGACGACGGUGUCAUCACUCCCUGGCAGUCGAGUCAGUUUGGAUUCUUCAACGACAACGAGACCGUUGUUGAGAUGCAGAGUCAAGACAUUUACUUAAAGGAUGUCUUUGGUUUGAAAACCUUGGCGGCUCGUGGGGCUCUGAUCUUGUGUUCUGUUCCUGACGUCCAACACAUUUGGUGGCACUCCAAUGAGACUGUGUUUCACACUUGUAUGGAGAAGUGGCUGGUAUGAAACAAACGCACACACUAUCGUCUCGACCGCUUCAUCGGAUUCUGGCUUCCACCUGCAUAAUUUGAAACUGAAAUUGUUUGGAUCUAAUGGGGAAGCUGACAGUACUGUUUUUACUAGAGAUGUCCGAUAAUAUCUGCCGAUAAAUGCGUUAAAAUGUAAUAUCCAAAAUUAUCGGUAUCAUUUUUUUUAUUUACACUCAUUCCGACUCAUUCACACUUUUUCUUUCACACAAAAGGGUUGUUUCUUUCUAUUAAUAUUCUGGUUCCUACAAUGCUUAUCAAUAUAUAUCAAUACAGUCUGCAAGGGAUACAGUCCGUAAGCACACAUGAUUGUGCGUGCUGCUGGUCCACUAAUAGUACUAACCUUUAACAGUUAAUUUGACUAAUUUUCAUUAGUUACUAGUUUCUAUGUAACUGUUUUUAUAUUGUUUUACUUUUCUUUUUUUUUAUUCAAGAAAAUGUUUUUAAUUUAUUUAUCUUAUUUUAUUUUAUUAAUUUUUUUUUUUAAGUACCUUAUCUUCACCAUACCUGGUUGUCCAAAUUAGGCAUAAUAAUGUGUUAAUUCCACCACUGUAUAUAUCGGUUGAUAUCGGUAUCGGUAAUUAAAGAGUGGGACAAUAGCGGAAUAUCGGAUAUCGGCAAAAAGCCAUUAUCGGACAUCCCUAAUUUUUACUUAUUUUAUUAUUAUCUUGUUGUUUUAUUUGUAAGGCACAAGUAAACUGUAUAUUUAACUGUAAACGCUUCCAUAAAGUGUGGAAAUAGAAGUAGAAGGGUGUUCUCUUUAUCUUUUAUUUUUAAAUCUUAGUCCAGUCAUCCAUCAGAGAGGCAUCUUGUCCACGCGUGUAGCAUUUAUUGGUCCCACUCUGUACCUCAAAGCAACACAACAGUGCCUGAGCGAUGUUUUGCCAUCCUGUUUUCUUGUACAGACUCACUGCCUUACUCCUGUUCAAAGUUUUAAUAUGCUGUGGUUAUGAAUUCACGCACAGUAGCUGUAUUAAAAGCAGUCCGAGAUUUCCCCUUCAUGCGUCAGUGUUACAGCUUGCAUACCAUAAGUGCUAAGACAAACAGCUGAUGUUGUCAAAUGGUUGGAUAGAAACUUGAAAGAGUGGCGGUGUUGUUUUAACGUGUACCUGCCAUUUAAUAUAUACCAUUAUUAUGUCACUUUUUACCUUUUCAUCGCAUUUGGUAUUUAGUCAUUUGAAUAAUAUUUAUUGUCGUGCCUGUUUUGCCAUAAUGGAUUGAAUUCUCAUAACUGUACUGUAGUAUUUUAGAUAAUAUAUAUAAUAUCAUAGGAACAUUUAGUACAUGUGGAUCUGAAGGGAUUUGUGUACUUCCUGAAAGGAAUAAUAUACUGUAUAAUAAACAAGACAUGAUUGGGCAACAUUUUUACCUAAUAAGGGAAGAUGAGAUGAUGUGGUUUUGUUUCUAUACAGUAUUUUUUGUAUUAUUGUAUAUACUGUAUACGUGAAUUUACAGAGCUAAUUAUGGUAUGUCUUCAAGGGAUUUCAUACAUCAUGUCCAAAUGUAAAAAGGGGCACAUUUUGAAAACGAAUGGAUGCAAUUAUAUUGACUAUUUUUAUUACAAUGUCAUCUGUCAGUGUGAUGUGUCUUCAA